UCACUCGAGUCGAAGCGCGCCAAGGUAGUCGACAACGUCCCGCGCGCGUCGUCAUUGUCUGUUGAGCCUUCUGAAUCCGAUUCGGAAAGUGUGUAUAUAAAAGCUACGCCGACUACCACUGUCAGUCACAGAACAUUGCGUAAAGGGGCACAAGAAGCUUCACAGCGCAAAAGGCUCCAUCAUAGUUGUAUACCAUAAAAGCAGAACACACUGUGAGUUCCGGUACGGAUUCGCCGCUCCAUUCUAUAGAUCCGUUCAGCGUCUGAUCGGCCGUACAAGUCUUUCCUGAAGUGUGUGUGUGUUUCGGUGCUGUGUCGUGGCCAUUUCUAACCUAACCAUGAUAAUGAAUCGUUCCUCAUCCGUUCACUUGAUGGCAAUCUGGGUUCUGAUGCUGACAACGCUAGCUGUCCCAUUGCUAGCAGCUCCCGUUUACAACUCCAGCGAAUCCUGUGAUUGUGUUUGUGGAGUUGGAGGACGCACCAAUCGCAUUGUCGGAGGCUCCGAAGCCGCUGCACAUCAAUUCCCCUGGUUGGCUGGCCUUUUCCGCCAGGGCAAACUAUACUGCGGAGCAUCGGUCGUUUCGCGCAAUUUUCUGGUCACGGCAGCACACUGUGUAAACUCGUUCGAAGCGAGUGAGAUUAGGGUUUAUCUCGGAGGGCAUAAUAUUGCUAAGGAUUACACCGAGCUUCGGAGAGUGAAACGAAUCAUCGACCACGAGGAUUUCGAUAUCUUCACGUUCAACAACGAUAUUGCUCUCCUGGAGCUAGAUAAACCACUGCGCUAUGGACCCACCAUUCAGCCAGCUUGCCUCCCGGACGGAAGUGUAAUGGACUUUACUGGAACAAUCGGUGUGGUUGCUGGAUGGGGAAGGGUGGAGGAGAAGCGUGCUCCAUCCAAGACGCUGCGAUCCGUUGAAGUUCCCAUCUGGUCACAGGAGCAAUGCCUUGACGCUGGGUAUGGCAGUAAGAAGAUCUCUGCCAACAUGAUGUGCGCCGGGUACCAUGAUGGGCAGAAAGAUGCUUGCCAGGGUGAUAGUGGUGGUCCGAUGCAUAAGAUGGGACUGUUUGGCAGCAUGGAAGUGAUUGGAGUCGUUUCGUGGGGUCGGGGAUGCGCCCGCCCAAAUUUGCCCGGUAUCUACACGCGCAUCGUCAAUUACUUGCCUUGGAUUCACGAGAAGCUUGCCAACGAAUGUCUCUGCCCGCCUAAAGAUGUUGCCCGAAGGAUUUGAUGUGACUGUGAAGUUACACGACCUAGAGACACAGAAGUGUGCUGUUGAUAAUUUAUUCGUUUUCUAGUCACAACAUACCAUAGGAUGUAGAGGCUGAUGAUUCGGCUGUAACUAUUAGCAUGUAAGAUAUGGCUACAUUCGCGUAUUGUUAUGAAACGUUUAUUAUGCGGCAGAAAGUAAAUAAAACCAGAAACACAUACGA